AUGAGUUACGGCGGCGCUAUCGCCAGGUUCGGCGUGCCAGAAGCCCCUCGCGACGAAGAGUCACCGAGCGACGAAAACGUGACGGGCGGAGACCUGCCGCUGAAGACCGAGCCAGCCACAAGACAGUCUGCUGAGGAUGCCAUGGCGAAUGCGAGCAUCGCGGAAACGACCGAGUCGGCAGAACCGCCCAAGCCGGCAAAGACCGAGCACGCUUCCCCGUUGGAGGAUGUCCAGCUGCGCCCACACAACGGCCAACCGACCGAGCCGACCACAUCAUCGCCGUCCGAUGAGCAGCGUUGGGGGCUGUUCAGCUCCACGAAAUUCAUGGUGGACACGGCGAUGCUCGUCCGGCAGUACGUCAAGCUUGUCAAAGACAAGGCUCUGGUUGAGGAGAAGACGGAGGAGGACGAGAAGGAGCAAAAGGCAGUGGACUCUGCCGCCCCAAGCAACGACGAAUGGCCACCGGCGGGUGACCUCGAAUGGGUUGGGCUCACCGACUGGAUUCAACGCUGCAGAGACGUCGACCGCAAGUUUGGCCGCAAAACGGUCGGUACUUGGAGAGCCGAACGGCGACAGCUUGAGGAUGAUCUGGUCAAGGGAAUCAAGAAAUGGACGGACAACCCCCCGGCGGACUUUGAUGACGGAUCAACCAGAGAUCCAAAACCCUGGAUCUACUUCCCACACAACACGACACUCGCGAAGCUCGACGCGGAGAAGACGGCCAUCUGGAGCGAUCGGGAGGACGCCAAACGUAAACGAGAGGCCGAUCCCGCCGUGCCGUCACCCACUGCGGCGCCAUACACUACGCCGGACAUAUUCACACGGACACCACCAUUCACUUCGUCGCCACCGAAGUGUCCUCGACCACCCGCAGACCCACUCCACGGCGAGGUUAUAGAAACGUCGUGGUUGUGGGAUCAGCGCGUAUGGGAGCAUAAAUACGCCAGCGGUGCCACUGUGAGAGACGCGCCACCGAGCGCGGAGAUCCCCAAUUCGCACAGCAAACAUGCCGGCCCCGCCCUCGCGCCGCGCACAAGCUCGACACCGGCCGGGCGAUACACGACGUCCUCUGGUGUCAAUCAACCACCGUCCAAGAAGCUGCGUGCUUCCCAACAAGCGCCAUUCAGCUCGACGAUGGCGUCGCAGCGGCCAGCGGCCAGCCACCCCCCCGCCAACCAGCUAUCCGCAGGCCAAGGUCAAGAUAGUGCGCCGCGUGAGACAUCGAUGACGAUGGAGGUGGAUGCCGGCGCCAUGCCGGAAGUGGCGCCAACAUAUGACCAAGAGGAUGGAUCUGAUGGUUACGUGUCCGACUGA